AUGGGUCAGGACGACCACACAUGCUUUGCGACGAUUUUCGACGCCGACGUGGCGGUUAUCCCACUGAUAUCGAGGACCUCGAUCCGGCACGCCGACCCGCAGACAGUGAAGGAGUGGCACCGCGACGAGGCGAUCCGCGUGCUGAAGUUUUUCCGGACCGCUGUUCUGGCCGAGCUGCGGCGCGAGGGUAGGAAAUGGGAGUGGGCGAAGCCGUCCGAAGACGAGGUGCAGGAGAGGCUCGCCGACUGCGACGAACCCCUUCGAGAUAAAAUUCCCGAUACCGUCCGGGACUCGGACGCGGGCUCCGGCCUGCUAGCAAUGAGCGCGUUGAUCUGGGUUGUGAGGCGGUUCCAGCGCCUGACCGGCGACCUCCGUCGCAUUGCCACCAGCAUGGACAAGCCCACCGUCUCGGGGUUGAAGGCGCUGCGGAACGAGAUGGUAGCCCUCAUCAAGAAGCAAGUCCCGCUCAUACGGUCGGGGAAAACCGUUGUUGCUGCCGACGCCUGUGACGACGACGGCGAGGAAGUCCAUUCUGCAUCCGUACCAGUAGGGGUCGCCCCGAACGUCGCUGAUGCGCGUGGCAAGUCGGGAGUCGGCGUCGACGAGGCCGAUGCGGCCGCAGGAAAGGGGGUGACCGGGACCGAGGUUGUUCACGGGGAUGAUGAUGGGGUCCAGGAUCGCGAGGAGGAACGUGAGGGUGAGGGGGGCUCGGAGGAGUCGUCGGGGUCGAUGUCGGGGUCGAGGUCGGGGUCGGGAUCGGGCUCGGAGUCGAAGUCGGAGGAGGAGCAGGAGCAGGAGACGCAGGAGCACGAGAGGCAGCACCAGGAGGAGCAGUUGGUAGAGGUGGAGGACGUGGAAAUGGCGGAGGGGUACGUUGUCGGAGGAGCGGAGGGGUACGUUGUCGGAGGAGCGGAGGAAACGGGUGGGAGAUCGGCGGAUGUCGAGAACGACGAAGGGGAGGGGAAGGGUGCGACAGCGAAUAUCGGCGAGGUCGGCGUGGAGGCGGCUCACGGAGGUGGUGGCAUGGUCGAGGUCGGUGAAGGGGAUAACGCCGCGGUCCCGGAGCAGAGGGGCGUGGAUGUGCAUACCGAUGCCACCGCGGAGAAGGCCGGCGGGGAGCGGUCUAGGAGGAAGAAGGCGGCGAGCGGUCAUCCCGGUUCCACCGCGGCUGGGCGGCAGGCGCGGCUGGACGUCGUCGAUCAGCUGAGGGCGGAGAACAGGCGAUUGCGUGCAGACAAUGCACUCCUUGAACGGCGGCUCGGUGAGCAGACGGGGCGGGUCGACAGCUUGGCGGCGGCAUUAGCUGGGCUCCUCGAGAAGUUGAAGGGUUUGACCGCCCAGGUCGCCGACACCGACCGGAAAUCGGAGGAGCGCCUCAAAGAGGCCACGUUGACCAUGGCGACCACAAUCACCGAGGGCCUCACCGACAACAUGGACAGCGCCAUUCAAUCGGCCAAGUCCUUCGCCGAGCUAGCGAGGCAGACGCUGCUGGAUCUUGACGACCCCAAGGGACGAGCGGCGGUCGCACGCGCGACCGCGGUGAAGACAGUGACCGAGCACGUGACGGCGGAGGUGGGCGAGGCGAGGAAGGGGUUGGAGGAGUCGUUCAUCAAAUACAUCGGCGCCGCGCAGACCAACAUUGCCGCCGCCGUCGCGCCCCGCCUAGUCCAGCCGCCGCCGCCUACCGGCCCAGCGCAGGCCUUGCCGGAAGAUUUCCUGAAGUCUUUCAAGGAGGACGUGCUGAAGGCGGUGACGGAGACCACGCAGCAGUCCUUCCUCGCCUCCGGACUGAAGAUUAUGGCCGAGGUCGUCGGCACGGUGGCGUAUGCUCGGCGUGGGUCGUCGCCGUCGGCAAACGACGCCGGCCAAGCGCAACCAACGGAGGGCUUGAAGCUGGGUCACAAGAGGCGGGGAGGCGGCGGGGGGGGCGACGGGGACAAUUCGGCGAACACGAAGCGGAGCAAGGGAGGCGGGGGGUCUGGCGGCGGUGGGAGCAUGGGAGCCGGCGACGGCAGUUCGUUGAAGCAGUCGGGGAAGAGCGUGGUCGACAUCCUCAGGAAGCACUGGGCUCAGGUUGGAGCGGCCAGCACGGGCCAUGGUGGUGGGGGUCCCGCCGACGAGCAUGCCACUGAUGACGCACUGCCAAUGGCUCCGCCUUCGGUCGGCGUUAAGCCACCACGACAGGGUAGCGGUGUGAAAGGCCUGCGCGACAAGGAGAAGGCCGCCGCCAAAACGGCCCCAGGCGGGUCCGCGAAAGCUGGCCAGGGCCCGAAGACGGGGGUUGCGGAGGCGUCAGCGGUUCCUCACCAGUCUCCCGCGGGUGCACGCCAUCCGACCGGACCGUCUGCCGGGCGACCUACCGACGUCCCGCGCCAUGCCGACGUACCGUCUGCCGACAAGGUUGGCCGCGCGGGAAAAGGGGCGGCAGUUGCGGACGCGCUCAAGGAGCAGCUCAGGCUCCUAGCCGGCCACAGGGCUGUUCAACAGGCCCCCCCUGGUGUCGACGUCCCAUCGGCCAGUGGGCCACGUGUAGUGCCGGUCGUCGCCGCCCGUACUCCUGCAGACCCAAAGUCCGCGUUGUUGCGCGCCCAGCUGGGCGCACUAGCGUCGACUGAGAGGACUCAGCAGGCUUCUGGCUCUGGCUCUAAGCCGUCGUCGGCGAAUGUCGCACCACCCACCCAUGUGGCAGCUGAUGUGGAGAAGGCGGCGGAGAAGGGCGUUCGUGCCGCGCUUGCCACCGGCGGCGGCGCCGUUGAGGAGGUCCCCGCAGACGCUGAUAUCGCUGCCAUACAGGCCCAUCUGGAUGCAGCCAAUCCCCGAACCCUGGCCAUCUCCGACACGGAACAUGUGGAGCCUUCGGCGGGACUCGUCGGCAUCGCGGCAGAGCCUAGUGCGACCGGUGAUGCGGUCGGUGAGGGAAAGUCGAAACGGAAGGGGAAGGCGGGCUCACAGAGGAAGACGCGGGAGAAGUCGGAGGUGAAGGCGGCGGAUAAACAGAAGGGGAUGGCGGCGGAGACGGCGGCGGACAAAGAUCGAGGCGGCAUUGGGGAGGUUGAAGGGAAAGGGGAGAAUCAGAAGUCGCCCGGCGAGGGUACGUCGACGGGGAGGAAGGGGAAGGACAAGUCGGUCGGAGAAGGUGCGUCGACCGGGAGAAAGGGGAAGGAGAAGGCGGUCGGCGAGGGUUCCUCGAAGGGGAGAAAGGGAAAGAGGAAGGCGGAGGAGGAGGAUGAGGAUGUCGAGGAGGUGGAGGAGGUCGAGCAGGAGGAAGAGGAGGAGGAGGAGGAGGAGGAGGAGGAGGGGAAGGGCAAGGAGAGGAGGGGUCAUGGCAUCCGACACGAUACCUCGGGCGACAAGCAAGGGUGGGUCGGCGAGAUUAAGGUGCACGGCAUCAAUCGAUACAUCGGCAAGUCGCGGGACAAGAUGGAGCUCGCGUACGUUCACUCCAUCGCGUACGUCGUCUACGACGGUUUCGUGAGCAAGGUGCUCAUGACCGAGCUCACCGGCUUGGACAGCGCCGAAUUGGAGAGGUGGAAGGAGGUGUGGGAGGAGGUCAGGAUCUUGCCGACAGGGAUGUGGACGGUGAUGUGGGCCCGGGGUACGCUCCUUCCAAAGACACGGCUGACGGAGAUCCUCGACGCGUAUCGCCAUUACAAGUCCACAGGCGAUUGUCUCCACGCCGCGCUCCUGCCAGCGAUAUGGUACCCAGUCGAUGCUAGCACCGAGGAAGGCCGGGAGAAGUCGGCGUCCAUGAUGUCGGCGAUGAUAGGCCGCGUGUCAAUGUGCGCUGCAUAUGGGAAGACCGCUGCGGCAGCGGCGAAGAAGGAGGGAGACAAGGAGGAGAAGACGGAUAUGGCGGCAUGGGCGUUAGCAGCAUCCGCAUGCGCUGUGUGGUGCUUCGUCGAGAACGGCGAUGCCCAGCUGGCGGAUGCUGUGGAAGAAGGGAAGUCGGCGGCGAUCAUCGGCGGAGCGAGCCAGGCGACCGCCGAUGUAUUCGGAAAAGUCAUGGAGGCGGUGCUGAAAGCCGAGAUGAACAGGGACCGCCCCUUGGGAGAGGUUGCCUACAACGUCGCGCCAGCACUCCAGAGGACCGCCCUUGAUAAGGUAUAUCCGGGGGGGAAUGCUGGAGUAGAUGCCGACGUUAUCGCUAGAGCGACGGUUGAGACGAUGGCGUUUUGGGGAAUGUGCCCCGUCGCCGGGCCGAAACUAAGAGCGAGGGACAUCGCGGUGCCGAUUGACGCGCAGAUGAAGGCCGAUCUUGACAACAGGGGGAGGAAGGGUCUGAGGGGCAAGAAGGGGACGAAGACCAAGGGCGGCACGGAGAAGGUCAAGAAGUCGAAGAAGGACAGCACGACGGCCUAG